UCAAUGCCAGCAGUGAGUGCGUGUUGACGGGGGUGUUGAUCUGAGUUCCGCCAUCACUCGGUCCGGAUCAUCACCGACGGAACGCGUUAAACUCUCGCGUCAGAAGAGAGAUUCCUGAGCGCGUGAGUGGAUCAUGACGCGUGUCUCCGUGUAAUGUCACGCGCAGCGCGGGUCUGUGUGUGUGUGUACAGGUGUGUUACCUGUGGCUGUGAGUGAGUUAAUGCUGGAAAUGGACACGGAUUUGAACCGCUGUCCUUGAACACUGUUGUUGUUGUUGUUGUUGUUGUUGUUUCUCCUCUCGACUAUAGGAACGCGUUUGGAGACAGACAGACAGACAGACAGUGGGCCGAACCGGGGACUUUACUCUAUUGAUUGAUCGCGAUCAGUCCGUGACGCUGCUUUGUGAACGGGUGAAGACACGCAAACCACUCCCUGAAGCUCUCCGUGCGUCGGAUCGGUGUGAACGCGGGGAGUGUGUGUGUUUGCCGCAGUAUGUGCGAGACGGUGAUGGCCGUGUCUCAUCAGCUGGACAUCGAGCCUCAUCCACCGGAGAACGGGUUCGUCACCCCCGACACCAGCAUCGCGCCCGGCUUACUCACGCACAUCGACGCCCGCGUCCUGCCGAGCGUGGGCGGAUUUGGGAAGUAUCAGAAACAGCUGAUCGUGUUAACAUGGAUCCCGGCCCUCUUCAUUGGCUUCAGCCAGUUUUCGGACAAUUUCCUGCUGGCUCAGCCUCAGUCUCGGGCGAACACAUCGUGCGAGAGCCUGUCCAACCACAACCACGCGCUCACGACCGCCGCGCCGCGCGAGAUGCUCACCGGCGUCGGUAACGACAGCACCGAGCCGCCGUGCGAGUGUGCGCAGUCCGGGAAGGACCUGGAGAACGGGCUGGAGAGAAAUGUGGUGACCAAGUGGAGUCUGGUGUGCGACUCCGCCUGGAUCGUUCACAUCGCCAAGUUUUCCCUGUUGGUCGGCUCCAUCUUUGGAUAUCUGGUGUUGGGAGUUUUGGCAGAUUGGUUCGGACGGCACCCGGUCCUGAUCCUGUCCGUCUUCUUCAUGAUAGUGUUCGGCAUGACGGUGGCCUUCUCCGUCAACGUCCCGAUGUUCGGCACCCUGCGCUUCUUCGAGGGCUUCUGCUUGGCAGGGAUCACGCUGUCUCUCUACGCUCUGAGGAUUGAGCUGUGUCUUCCGGGUUGGCGUUUCUCCAUGACCAUGGUGGCCAACUUCAUGGUGUUGGCGGGUCAGCUGCUCAUGCCCGGACUCGCUGCCCUCUGUCGGGAUUGGCAGAUUUUGCAAGUGGUUAUAAUCUGCCCACUCUUACUCAUGCUGUCCUACAUCUGGAUUUUCCCAGAAUCUGUGCGCUGGCUGCUUGCGACUCAGCAGUACAGCCGCUCUAAAUGGAUCUUGGAGCGCGUCGCCACGAAGAACGGCAUCGAUCUAGAGCAUGAUGCUGAGGAACUCAUGACAGAGCUGAACCGAGCCCUGCCGAAGCAAUCCAAGAAGACCUGCAUCGUGAAGAUGGUCGGCACGAGGAACCUGUGGAAGAAUAUAGUCGUGCUCUGCGUCAACUCACUGACGGGUUAUGGCAUACACCACUGCUUCGCACGCAGCAUGAUGGAGCAGGACGUCCCGAUCCAGAAGAGCAUGUUUCAUAACUUCUAUGCCCACUACUACACCAUGGCGGGCAUCGCGGUGGUUUCAUGCGUGUCCCUGUGCCCUGCGGUGGGCGUGAUGGGCCGGCGGGGGGGACUCCUCAUGUUCAUGAUCAUCACAGCCCUGGCAUCUCUCCUUCAGCUGGGCCUGCUAAACCUGUUUGGGAAGUACAGUGUCCAGCUGAAUAUUGACAGCUCCGAUGCGCUGAAGUACAACUUUUCCGUGGCCUUCUCCAUGAUUGGCAUGUUCUCCUCCCACGCCGUCAGCAACCUCAGCAUCUUCUUUUGUGCUGAGAUCACCCCUACUGUGAUCAGGGGCGGGGGGCUCGGCCUGGUCCUGGCCAGCGCUGGUUUCGGCAUGCUGACGGCCCCCAUCAUGGAGCUGCACAACCAGAAAGGCUAUUUUCUGCAUCACAUCAUUUUCGCCUGCUGCACUCUCAUCUGCAUCAUUUGCAUCCUGCUGCUGCCGGAGACUCGCAACCAACCCCUCCCGGAAACGCUAGCGGAUGCUGAAAUCCACACACGCCCACCGUUACUGCCGCCUCGCAAGCCGGGCGAGCAACGCCUUCUCCUGACCAAGUCGGACAGCCGCGAGUACGCAAGGGUCGGCGACACGCCUCUCCACGAGGCGGCCGCCACUGCGAUCUCCACUAUGGACUCCACCGCCUCAUCCGCCAUCGAUCUCGCCAUGCUCAUUGACGCCCCUGUCCAGCAAGUCACGGGUCAGGUGGAGAUAUUCAGCAUGAAGAAGUUGACUUCUGCCCAAGAGCUCAAGCAAACCACUCCGGAGUCGAUCCCCAACACCUCUACUCCGAUCUCUAUUCACUUGUCCAGAUCAGAGUCCCCUCCUGAUGUUGUCCUGACUCUUCAGUCCUCUUCCACUGCGGACGCCUCUCCCUUAUCGACCCACAUCCAAACUCCUUCAUUUGUAGUUAAAGCUGUUCCUCUUGCUUCGGGGUCUAAUGAUUGCGACAUCCCAGGUGAAGUGGACUUGUCAGGUCCUCCCGACUCUAGCGUCCACCUGACGGCGUCCUCCCCAAUAGUCUGCCCAAUUAACCUGUCUGAUCCCUCACCCGCAUCCACUGGACAAUCAAAUGCCAUUCCUGCCUCUUCCUCAAUGGACUCUCUUGUUAACCUAGUCUCGGAUAGUCUCGCCCCUUCCCCAACACAACUCUCAUUAUCACCAGUACUAGACCCGUCCGGUCAAGCCAACGGCGUCCCAGCUCCUUCCCCCAUUGAUUCUGGCACUCCCUUGUUACACUUAGUUGCUCCGCCUGCAAUGAACUCCGUAGGGUCACCAACUCCACUUGAGUCUUUAGGUAGUGGCACUACUCUUGAUGCCACCGUGGAUUCCACACGCACGGACUCUGUUACAGAAUCUGGCCACCCGCUCAUGGCGGACUUGACCGUUUCCUCGCCUAUCGACUCAGGUAUUCCCACAGACGCUGACUUGCACAUCACGGAAACCAGUGGGGAGACGUCUUCAUGACGGACACACUCGGCCUUAUUGUCCUCACUGCUUACCACGAAGCGGUUCUCGCCGCAUUGACCCGAGAUUUGACUGAAAGGGAAAGGGUUUUUAUUCUCCCUUCCGACUGUGGUGCCAGUAUCUGCUUUGUUUGGGCAGCUAGAUCCAAAUUUCCACGCGUUAUCAUUGAGCUUCUCUUAUUAAAAACGCUACGAACAAUAGUGUCAAGUUCUUACUUGAGUUACUCUGGAAGUCCGUGUAGUCUAGUGGCUAGGCUUACUCAUAAGUGCUUGUUUGAUAGUAAUUAACGUUUAGGAUCAAAUGUGAGUAACGUUCUGUAAUUAAAUGACUGGAAUGAAGUUGCUUUAUUGAGGUCCGGUAUCAAAGGGAAAUUUCUCUCAAACCCAACAGCCUAUAUAUUUAACGCUGGGAAUGUUUGCCGAUGUCGUCCCGAAGCGAACGGCAAGUACCUCUAGGUGUCAAAUAGGCAGUUCAUGUGACGAACCAUACGCAUAUGUAAAAUAGAUACACUGAGACUGCUCAAUGGUAUACAUGUGGUACGUUUUAUGAAGCUAAUGUGGUUUUGGUUGAGCUAAUGGCUGAUUUUGGUGGGGAAAAAAUGAUUUUGAGGAAUACGACCCACGAUACACUCAAUCAAGUGUAUGCAACAAACUUAUUGUGAAUGUGAAAAAGUUUUGUAAUUUAUGCUAUUGUGGUACUGAUGUACAGUGGUACUGACUGCUUUACUUUACAAAAAAACAAAGGUUAUGUUGUGUGUGUCAAUGAGUGUACGCCCAUUGGUAUUUUGUUACCAUGUCUGUGUAAAUGUAUGUGGCACUUUAUCGUUCACAAUGACAAAAAAAAGCAUGUGAACAUCUAAAAUGAACCUUUCAAUGAAUGAUUUCCAAGUAAUGAGAACAAAUAUGAAUUUUGAGGAAUGUGUACAUUCGUGGUCACUUUAUACUCACAGCAAUAAUGUCUUUACCAUAUAUGGGUUUAAAUCAUUUCAAAUAUCUUUGAAUUUUUAUCGUUUUGUAUCCUUAAUCACAGUAAAGAGCAUUAAUAUUAAAUAUUCUGUCUGAAAUGGUCCCCUUGUGAGUUUGGCAAGAGUUGGCCGUGAUCAAGCGUAAAACUACUGGAAUAUUUCAUUGGCACGCGAUGCAACAUUACUUUGGAUGACUUGGAUUUUGCCAAUGAUUGUGGGAUAUUUUUAAUCAAUCCAGCUAACAUUUAGUUUCUUUUUAUCUUAAAUAACAUGUAUUAUGGCCCAACUACAGUAUGUUAAACUUUUAAGAACAGUUUUUAAUGAUUUUUUGCUUUGUCUUUUGUUAUUCCAAGGACAGGGGCGUUUUCUUAUCAGAUACAUCAUGGCCUUCUUCUGUCUGGUGACCUCCUUUAGCUCUCACCACUGUAUUCCUGUUAAGCUAUUCAGGAUAUCUUGUUACAUUUGAUAUUAAACAUCACAUUUGUCCAGUUUUCAUUUCCAAUCUGACUCGUUAGCGUGAUUGAUUUGGCUUUGUUUUGACUGCAAACACCUCAAUACUUGAGAGCAAUAGAGUGCUUGUGCCAUUUAGCCACAUGUAUUAUGUUGUACAAGGUUAUUAACAUUAUGUGUUAUGUUAUUCAGGUCGCUUCAGACACAUAAAAUCUGACUCUCUGAGCAAGAUUGUGUUGAUUUGCCAUGACAGGAGUUGAUCUAAAAGAGAAAACCUGAAGACUUGAAUCUAGUGUUCUCGACCGUAGAUUAACACAAUGACAUUUGUGUAGCUGAAGUACUUGAUCUCAUUUACUUUUUCAUUACGUUCAUCUGUUCCUCCACUAGACAUUAAGACAUUUUCACAAGCGUCAAAUCGGAUCACAAACAAAAAAUGUCUUUUACACUAUACAGUAUAUAACCUAAUACUAUGACUACUUAUAUGGUGACGAUCCUCUCAUAAUCGAUAGCCAUUACCAUUAUACAUACGGAAAUCACAGCAAUAAGAACAAUAUUGUUAGUAGUAUUCUCAAUUCCAAGGCUGUGAAGAUUGGGACGGCCUACAGUUCUUGUCGCCUAACUUAUGUGACAGCUGCCGUUGUAAUCCCAUCCUUAUAAAUAAAUAUGUCUGUUUAUGUAUAUAAUAAAGAUUACGUUCCUCGGCCCAGGGACACGAGGACGCAGCCUCUGAAUCGGGACACACGACUCGUUCUCAGACAUACUUGUGAAGGUCGCUGCCAGUGGGAAUAAAUAGAGCAGUGUUUGUUUAAUGCUAAAUUGCUACGGUACUGUAUUCUUCACAGCAGGAUAGUGUCGGCCCGGUUCCGGCCCACAUCCGGGCCGUGUGGGAUCCAUGUCGACACUACGCUGCUGUCUAGGGUGGAUCAACCACUGUUUAUUAACCUCUUUCUCAGUUAGUAUACUUUUUUGUAACCUCUUUCCGGUUUUAUAAGUACUAAUUGUGGUAAAGCCAAGACAUCCGUCAUCUGUGACUCGGUUUGGAUUUUAUCUAGUCAAUGUAAACUCUUCCAAACUCUUCAUAUUUUGAGAAUAUACCUCAUCGACGGGUGUUUGACGCAGGAAUGUACGCUCCGCUCCAACAGCACAGGCCAGAGGAUGAAUGUCAGAAAAAUGAUUGUUUUGGGUUUCAUGUACAUUUUUUAACAUACGUAAUGCACUUGUAUAUAAAGUUGUAUGUGUCGUAAUAUACUUUAAUGAAUAAAAAUAUAUUUGUUGA